CUCCUUUUCGACUUGAGAUGCGAUUGUUGCUCUCUGAACCACAUUUUUUUUAUUCAUAGACUUAGUAUUAAUGUAAAUGUACCCCUUUCAUAGCCUUUUAAGCGGCGCAUUUGUGGAGCCAGUUUGGAGCAUAUUAAAAACCUUGAUGAAAAUGUGGCACAAUAUCAGCAAACUACCAAGACCACCACAUGCCACCCAUGGUGAGAAACUCUCCCGUCUUCACUAACGUAGGCAUCAAUGGCCAUUGCGAACCCGCUAACAACGCCACCAUCCAUUCAUUCACAGCACUACGCCGUUCUGUCAUUACAUCAUUAGGCUUCUUCAUAAACUGGGAAAAGAAUAAACAUCAUGGCACUACAGGUGAAAAUGAACAAGAUUAUCUAGCGAAAGCAGCAAGCAAUGAAACCUGCAAUUAUCGGAUCAUGCCGUUAGGUGGUAAAUCUGAUUGGGAAAAUGGCAUCAGUAAUCCCAAUGAUCGGCAAAUCUUUACUUCAUGUUCGUCAUCUUCAAUGGAGCCUAACGAAGAGCAUGAGAUUGAGCGACAGCAAGAAUUGAAAAGGGCCUUGCUCACUUUCAAUAAAGCCUGCAAAGCUUACAAUGUGAAGCCGGAAAUGCUAGAGAUGUUGGGCUAUUGGGCGAAGGAAGAAAAAAAAGAGAUUUCUACCAAUGUAAACGAACUGAUGACGAUCUACUUUGCAUUAAAACUGUACAUACCAAACAACAGAAACUCGACAGCCCGAUUCUUCUCAGACAGCCAAACUGCCCUCAAAUACGCGACAAAGACAGGCGAAACAGAAUCAUAUAUCCUCCAGGCACUAGCGCUUCAAUUUCAGGAAACUACGAAUGAAUGCAGCCUGGCUGUUCUUUACCCCCCAAGGAGUAGAGAGAGCAUCAAAGCGGAUUAGAUCAGCCGCAGAAAGACCCCUCUAUACGAAUGGAAGCUCCCAAGGCAAGAGGUAAAGACUGG